AUGGCUUGCUUGCGUGUUAUCUCGAAGAGAGUUAAUCUUUUACAGAGACGAGUUUAUCCAUCUUGUGGUCAUUUGAUUGGUGAUGAUAAAGAUGAAGCUAAAUUGGCUUUUCGAAAUUCGGAUACUGUGAUUCGUAAAGUCUUUGCGUAUAAUGGGACUAAUAAGUUUAUGGAGAGGCAAUAUCAGUCAUUUAGUGGUCCAUUGGGUCUUGGAUUGUCUUCGUGUCGGUAUAUGAGUACUACACCACCUGAAUGGUCUGAUAAAGUUGAUGGUAUCGACUUUGUGACAACGGAAGCUGUUGUUCCCGAUGAUAUCGUUCAAGCUGUGAUGCCGACAAGUCAAGCUGUUCCUGCUGUAAACGAGGUUGCUAUUGCUGCUGCGGAUUCUGUUUUUCCUGUUGCUGCUUUACAGCAUUUGAUUGAUGGUGUGCAUUCCUUUACUGGCCUGAGCUGGUGGGCUUCGAUAGUUUUGACAACAGUGAUCAUUCGUGGAGUUACGGUUCCCAUUCUUCUGAAUCAACUUAAGGCUACUUACAAACUCAAUAUUCUGAGGCCACAACUGGAGGAGUUAAGACAAGAGAUGAGCACUAAGAAUACGGAUCCUGAAGCCAUGGCCGAAGGACAAAGGAAAAUGCAAUUAUUGUUUAAACAGCAUGGAGUAACUCCGCUUACUCCUCUCAAAGGACUUAUUAUUCAAGGUCCCAUUUUCAUUAGCUUUUUCUUUGCGAUCAGGAAUAUGGCCGAGAAAGUCCCAUCAUUUAAAACCGGCGGAACUCUUUGGUUUACUGAUCUCACCACUGCAGAUACUACAUAUAUCUUGCCACUUCUCACCGCAGUGACUUUCUUGAUUAUGGUGGAGUCAAACAUGCAGGAAGGUCUGGAAGGAAACCCAGUAGCUGGAACUAUGAAGAAAUUCUCAAGAAUCAUUGCCUUUCUCUCUAUUCCAGUUUUGAUAGGCAUUGAAAGUGCAUUGUUCUGUUACUGGCUUACUUCCAACCUGUUUACUCUUGUGUAUGGAUUAACAAUAAGACGUCCUGAUGUGAGGAAGCUAUUGAAUCUCCCAACUGUUAUCAAUGCUUCUACUAGGCAGCCAUCACCGUCUUCACCUAUGCCAUUUUCCUUCACGCAGCAGCCAAACGACCAAAGUCUUGUUCAAGAAAAACCACCAAUGCCUUCCUCCGAGUCAUCUUCAAGUGUUUCAGAUAGAAGAAUCUCACGGAGUUCGGUUUUGCAUCAGAGAAUCAGAACGCUGGAGAAACAACUCAAGGACCGAAAGAACAAGAAGUGA